ACUAUAUAAUAUAACCUUCUACCAUUAAACAAAACUAAUUCCUUUCUGAAUAUACUAAAAGGAAGAAAUAUAUACAAACCUACAUUAAAUAAUAAAUAAUAAUAAAAAUUAAGUAAUACUGACUGAAGAUUGGGAUUAACAAGAAGAUAUCAGUCGAUAUUUUGGAUAAUUCAACUUAAGAGCUGAUAUAAUUGACGUCGGUGCAUCACAACGUUAAAUUUAAAACUUGUGAUUAAUUUUAAUAGGUGAAAACCAUUAAAGUUUAUAAUAAUUUUGAAUGCAAUGGACAGUACAGGCGCCGGUCGGCGGCGGAACAAUAUAUGCGUUAAUGCCGAGGAUAAUGCGCUCGAUCAAAUUACGAAAGAGGCCGAAGCGCGCUUGGCAGCUCGUCGCCUAGCUCGCGCUGAAGCUCGGGAGAUACGAAUGCGUGAGCUUGAGCGACAACAAAAAGAAUUGGAGCAAAACGCUGACCGUGCAUUCGAUAUGCAAAGCACAAGUGGUAGUGUUGACACACUCUCAUCACAUCCCACGCGCCAUGGGUAUAGUGGUCUUGUAAAUUUGGUACGUGCAACAGCAUCGCGACGCAGUAGUGAAGAUUCAUUGGAGGACGAAGGUCGCAGUUUCCGUGAUAUUAAACACGAGCUUAAAGAAGUUGAAGAACGGUUUCGAAAGGCUAUGAUAACGAAUGCCCAACUUGACAACGACCGCUCAUCUCAGACCUAUGAAGUAAAGCUACUCAAAGAUAAAAGUGAAACAAUGGAAGAAUCUUUCGCGCAACUGCAGCGGGAAUUCAAAAACAAACUUCGCGAUUGCAAUACUCUCAAACGCAACUUGGAACGCACAACUCUGGAACUAAGCCUAGUGCAAGGCCAGUUAAGCGAGCGAGAUGCACUAAUAGAAGAGCACGGUCUUAUUAUUGUUUCCAUUGAGAAUAGUGAUGGUAGUGACGCUAAGCGGGCUCUAGUGAGUGUUGAAAACGCCAAUAUUUUGUCAACCGUACAGGGUUCUCUUGAUGUUAGACUCAAAAAGUUUGCAGAAGAAAAGCAGAGACUUCUUAAUGAAAUACAAAAGCUUCAUGAACAGUUAGGUGCAUUUAAAAGUGAAGGUAGAGUUGGACGCGGAAGUUCAUUGUGUGGCUCUUUAAGGUACGAUGAUGACUAUGAGGUUCAAAGAGAAUCAAAUAAAAUCAUAUCUGAUUAUAAAUAUAAACUACAAAAAGCUGAACAGGAAAUCGCUAGUCUCCAGGCUAACUUAGCACGAUCUGAAACACAAGUUAUACGUUAUAAAAGCACGGCAGAAGCAGCCGAAAAGGCAGAGGCUGAACUAAAAGUUGAGCGCCGUAAGCUGCAACGUGAGCAUCGGGAGAUUUUGGAACGUUUGGAGGAAGCAGAAACCGCUAAUAACCAUCUACUCAAACGACUUGAUAAACUUAAAAAUGCAAAAAGCGCGAUAUUAAAGGAAUUAUAAUAUAUGAUGAUGACACGGAAUAACAAUAUUUCAACAGCAGCACGCACAGGCAAAAAAUCAAUCGAAGAUAAUUGCAUAGAUAAAAUAUCUUUAAAAUAGUCAACUAGUUAGGCCCUAUAGCAAAUAUUCAAAUUUUACAAUAUUUAACUUACUCUCUUAUAUACUUGCACUACUUUAUGUAAAUCUUUAAAAACUGGUAUAUGUAUUUAAAUAAUGUCUUCUUGGUCUUAUAGUCAAGCGGUGGGUUGCUAUGUGACGUGUUCAAGGUAUCUGGAAUCAUUUUAUCAUUUUAUCCUAAGAACGAGUACAAUGAUUUAACGGCUGUUACCGGAGAAUGAAUAUGUUUUAUUUGUAAGAGCUAAUGCUCUGAGUGACAAUUACAAACUGCAACUGGCAUUAAAUAUAA